CUUUAGUUAAGCUUUUAUUAUUUACUCUGUAUUCUAACAUUUCCAACUAGUGAUACUUUAAUUAUAAUUUUAGGAUAAAUUACCUUUUAACACUGUUUUCAAAAUUCUGUCCUAUGAAACUGCCAUAUUAUAUUCUCAUAAGGCAACAAAGGUGAAAGAAACAAAAACUUACAUACCAAAAGCAAGACACUUCCAGAUUUUAUUUUCUAUUUUCAUUUAUAUAUACAACCCCAAAUCAUACAAUCUCAAAAGAGCUGGGACAUUAAAUUUCAUCUAGUUCAGCAGUUCUCAAACUUUUUAGUUUCAGGAUCCCCUUAUACUCGUAAAAAUAACUGAGGACUUGAAAGAACGCUUAUUUAUGUCAGUUGCAUCUAUUGGUGUUUACUGUAUUUGAUAUUGUAAUCUGAAAAAAUAUGUGUGAGUUCAUUUUAAAACAACAAUAAGCUUAUUACAGCUUAACAGAACUAACAUAAUUUAUAUAAUUGUCCAUAUUUUCCCAAACCAAAGACCAGUGAGAAGAGUAGCAUUGACUUAUGUUUUUUGCAAAUAUCUCUAACAUCUGGCUUCAUUAAAAAUGGUUGUAGUCUCAUAUCUGGCCCUUCAUUCAGGAUGUUGUGAUACAUAAUUUAUAUUGAAGUAUUUGAAGAAAACCCAGCUUUACAGUAGCUGGAAAGGGAGGGAGUCUUUCAAUCACCUUUUCAGAUAGCCAUGCAUGUUUCUCUUUGAUACCACACCAAAACAUUAUAGAUAACUGUGAUUGAAUUUCCCCGAGUCAGGUAACUUCUUAAAGUUUAGUUGUAAUAUGAAAUGUGAAAACGUCUUGCUAUACUUCUUGUAUUCUGUUACAUUUUGGGGUGUCUGACACUGGAGUCUUUUACUUGUCCAUGCAACAUCAGGCAUUGGUCAUUUAGAAAACAUUCGUUCACUGAGUUAUACAUCUGAUCUUAUACAUCAUUUUAUACAGUAUUUUACAAAUUAUAUUUGUCAAUGGAACCACCAGUCUCAUCUGAAAAAUCAUUGAGUAUUAGGAAGCUUCAAGCUCCUGGUGAUGGAUUCAAGUUCUCCAAAAUUCUAAUUGCCUCUCAGAAGAAUGAUUUUUUGUCAUUGGCAAUGGUUACUGCCAGAUGUUUCUUCUAGUGGUCACAAGCUCCGUCCAUUCACUCUUGAGGGAACGUCUGCCACAUACCCAAGUCUGAAUAUGUUCUUUCAACAUGUGUGUCAGAUGGUCUUUCAAGUAAAAUGCUAUUCCGUGAAAAAAGCAGCUAGUUCUGCUUCACAGCUCCAGUGACCACACAGAGCUUUUCCUCAAGGCAGCCGUCAUGCUUCAGUACAAAGGACCCUACAAGCAUGUGCCACUUUGUCACACAGUAUUCAAAGGGGUUGUAAGGAUCAUAGUUAAUAAAACUUUCGUACUGGUUUUUUGUUGUUCUACUGGCAGAGCAUAGUGGUGCAGAAUAAGGCUGCUCCUCGAACAGUUUGCUGUCACUGCCUUCAUUUAGAUGAGGGUGCCAGAGCAGUUGCUCCCAAUUAUCUUUUUUGCCCCCUCCAUGCAACCUGUGCAAAGGUCAACACAGUGACAAAGCAAAGUGGCGUCUUAUUACUCAUACGAAAAGAGAGUGCUGGAACCCUCCCCAGGGUCUGCAGACACCACUUUGAGAAAUUAUCCAGUGUAACCCUGUCUUGUUAAAGGGAAAAACUGUGGCAAAUAAUGGUUAUUAUCUUGUUCAGACUCAUUUCAAUAGUAAAUGGAAGAUCCAAAGCCAGACAUCUGCUCUUUUUCUUAUAUAUAAUGUAAUUUGUCUUGAUUCCUCCUUACCCCCAAGAAAGGAAAAUUCCCCAGAUCCAAACCAUAGGCCACAGCACUGAUGUUUAAUCAACUUUACUAAAGGGGCAGGACUUAACAAAAUGAGGAAUUUAGAUACAUUCUUUCAACAUUUUUAGACUUUUUCAUUCAGUCCUAAUGUGCUUCAGUGACGUCAGUUUUACAGGCAGGUGGUACAAGAUUAGAAAAUAUCUAAGAAAUGUAUGUUAUUUCUAAAUUUAUAAAAGACCUUAGUGAUGAUUGUUUUUCUCCAUUUUUGUUCAUCAUAAAAAACUACUUGAAGUCAGUACUUAAAAGUAUCAUACAAUUUAUUGUAUAAUUGUUGCUUUUAAAAGUCACAUUUUAGUGUAAGCUUGAUAUGGUCCCCAGAAGCUCUGUAGAAGAAGGCCACCCAUGUAAGAAGCCUGGCUUUUAGAAAUCACUCUAGGUAACUUUCAUUACUGAUCUCUAGCAACCAUGCCACCCAUUCCUGUUAAAGAAAAGAAGCUAACUCUCUCCUGACAGCUACACACUGAUUGGGUCAGUCAAAAAAAAUCUUUAUUUUCUCACCAUAGAGAUGGAUUAUGUGGUACUAACUAGCCAUUAGAGGAGAAUGACACAUAAACAGAUAAAUUGCAAGACUCCGCAGAAAGUUCAGUGUUAGAAUGGGUGGGAAAAGAGCAGCUUUGGUGCCAGACAGACAUGGGUUCAAGUCCAACCCUCCCAAACCAGGAGUAUCUCCCUAUGUACACAUGAUGCAAGUGUGCAGAGCCUGGAGCACAAGAGAACAUAGGUACAGAACCACUCCACCUCUUCAGGGAAAAUGGAGAGGUGGUGCUUACCUUCUCCUAACCUGUAGAUGAGAGUAAAUGUCUCCUUUGGCCAGAGAUUGUAGUUGUCACCCAACUAACAAUAAAGAUAGUGAUGGAGAAGCCAGGCAGAACUCAAAAGGAAAGGAUUCCAAAGUGGUCCCACAGCUUGCAAACUUCAAUGGCUUCCCUCUUGGUAGUAGCUCAGGUCAGCACCUGAUUGCAUUAACUGUGCCUCAGAAUCUGCAUAUGCUGGUUAACUCAUCCACAGUCAGCCUGGUCAGCUCCACUACGGUGACUACCACAGACCCAGUGACCUCAGUUCUACAGAGUGCCAGGUACCUCCACAUCCCUGAUCCUCUCAGGAAACAGCUGACUCAGAAAACAUCAGACUCUCCUGGAAGGACAGUGUGCACAGGUGAAUCAGACAUCCUUUCUGGGACAGUUCAUAAUGGGAAAGGUUUGCAGAGUAAGAGUCAAUUCAGGACCAUUGCACCAAAAAUUGUGCCCAAAGUCCUAACAUCCAGAGUGCUGUCAUGUCAUUCACCAUCACUCUCUAAGCAGGUGACUCCAGGACCCGCCAUCAGUUCCAAGCCACUGGAGGUACCCACCCAGAAUUAUGCUCUGAUGCAGGUUGCUGGCCAGGAGGGAACAUUUUCUCUCGUCGCUUUGCCACAUGUAGCCUCAGCUCAGCCAGUGCAGAAACCCAGACUGCACCUGCCUGGAAACCCCAAAGUGCCUAUUCCUCGAUACCAACCCCCACCAAAUAACAAGGCACUGAGAAGGAAACCUGUUAUGAGCUUCUCUGAGAGUGGCUGUAGCAAACCUCCUGCCCAGACCCAAACAUCCCUCUCCCCACCUGACCUCCCUGAGCCCCUGCACAAACCCGGGCCACGUGAACAAGUGCCGUCCCCAUACCGAGCCCCAGCCGGCACUGGCCCCACUGUGCUGACCAAUGGAGACUCUCAGCCUCCCGGGCCCAAAGACCAUGGAGAUCCUGACCCUCCUGUCUCCCCAGCACUGUCCACUCCAGAGGAGCCCUCUGCCAGGCAGAGCCUCACAAAGAUUUUGGGGAAAUCAGACUUGGCAAGCAAGAAAACAUCCAGGAAACCUUUCCCUGUUACCAGUGAAAAACAUAAAGAGCAAGUUGAUCUCAGAAAAGCCGUGACCAUUUUAUCACCAGCCAUUUUUGGAAAUGCAGUUCAGUUGAUCCCUUCGGUCACCAAAGGUGAACUGCCAAUCUUACCCUACUCGAGAAUGAAAACCACAGAGGUGCACAACAGUGAAUCCGAUGUCAGCACUGCAGAUGUUUCUUUACCUGGGCUCAAGGCAGACUAUGAUACUACCCACCCCAUCACACAAGGUUUGAAUGCCACCCCCCAAAUAGCCAGCAAGACACCCGUUCCAGAGGGGUUGAAGCAGAGUCCCAGUGAAAGUGACUUUUGUCCAGCCACCAAACUAGAUCUGGGCCACGAAACGAAGCUGCACAGUGGGGCAGCAAAGAGAAGAGGAAGGAAACAAAAGGUAGCAGAUGAAAUCUUGGCAUUUCAGGGGAAAAGGAGGAAAUGUAUCGUUAACAAGUGUGGAGUAAAAAACGAUCCACAGGAAUCCAGAGACCAAAAGCCUGGGGUGAUGAAAAAAUACCGUAGCAUUAUGCCUAAACCUGUCAUUGUCAUGCCUGCUCUGGCUCCCCUAGCUUCUGCGACUGCCGCUGUGUUACCGUCUCGAACGCCUGGCAGCUUAGGACAGAAGGACUUGUUAAAUAAUUCCUUCACUCCUAGAUAUGCAGGCUGUCAGCAGGACAGCAGCCCUUGCCCCAAGCCCAGCUCUGUGUACAGGAACGGAUUCCCUGCCAUCAAGAAGCCUUGGCACAGAUGUUUUGUCUGUAACCACCACUUUCGGUUCAAACAGCACCUCCGAGACCACAUGAACACACACAUCAACAGACGUCCCUACAGUUGUAGGGUUUGUCGCAAGGCAUACGUGCGUUCCAGCAGCCUGAGCACGCACAUGAAACUUCAUCACAGUGAGAACCGUGUGAAGAAACUCGUGUACUGUGAAUUUUGUGCAAAAGUCUUUGGUCAUGUCAGAGUCUAUUUUGGCCAUCUCAAAGAAGUGCAUAGGGUCAUCAUCAACACGGAACCCCCCCCCAGCGAACCACAGCCAGGGGACAUGCCGAAGCACAGAACCCUGAAUGCACGAGGGAUGGAGGGAUCAGCGGUGGAGAGGGAGAACAAGUCAAGCCUGGAAGAGGACCUCCUUCUAAACCAUGCAGACAAGGUCAAGUUACAAAUCAAAUGUGGCUGCUGUCACAUCACUGCUCAGUCUUUUGCUGAAAUAAAGUUUCACUUACUUUAUGUUCAUGGGGAAGAAAUUCAGGGCCAGCUACAAGAAGAGAUCCUACUGGGAAGCAAAGUUGCUCGGGAAGAGCUGGUUAAACACACUGCUCUGUGCUGGAAGCAACAUCCUGAAAGAAGAAAGCUGCAGAGGUUUUAUCCCUCCGAUGAGGAACACUGUGCAUCCCCCAUACUGAAAAAGCAGCUCUCCCUUCAUCAUCAGAAUGAUGCGGAAAUACUUACGAAAAAAGAAGGAGCCCAGCCUGGACCCAGUCAGCCAGGAGAGGCACCCCAGGGCCCAGUAUGCCCCAGUCCCCACAUAGCUCUCCCAGGGGCCCCUGCCUCAGGCUUUAACUGCAUUCUUUGUGCACAGAUGCUGGGAAGGAAGGAAGAACUCCUCCUGCACUGGGCACAGCAGCACCAUUGCGAGAACCCAUCCCAGCUGUGGGCGAUUUUACAUGUCCUGUCCAUCCAGGGACUGGGUGCACUUCCCAGCAAGACUGAGCCAGGAAACACGGGAGCCUGAGCAGGGUCGAGAGUUUUGCCAUCACCUUUCUCUCCAAGCUGUGUGUUUUCUGGUGGUGCUGCAUGAGAAGAAUCAAACAAGUUAGGACCCGCAUUAAUGAGCAGAAGUGAUCUUUUGAUACAUAGUUUUAUUUUCUUAUGAAAUAUGUAUGUGCCCUUGAUGCAUAGUUUUCUAACUAUGUACAGUUUUAUUUUAAAAUUCUGUGUACUAACUGUUACUAUCUUAGCCUUUUUCAGAAUAAAUAAGAAGAUCGAACUUUGGAGAUUGAAAUGUAAAGGAUUAUAGACCAUUCUUCAAAUACAGUUUUCAGUAAAAGCAUGUAUUGUUGGA